GUUAAAUAAUAAAAUUCAACUCAUCGAUCGAUUGAAGUGCAUGUUUACCAGGUAGUUGGGCAUUUCGCAACGAGUGUUUUGCCGAGGACGAUGUACACUCUCUUCAGGGGAAACUAUAUUUAAAUUGAGAAUCGUCUCGAGGAUGAGCUUUGCGCGUGUCUAUUCAUUCUCCUCCUGGCACUCUCUGUCUUUUUCAUUUCCUAUCUUCGUCUCUCAGAAAACCUCGUGACAACACCUCUCAGCCAAAGCCAAAGCCAAAGCUCUCGAAGAAAUUCGUAUUAGCGGGUGUGCGAGGCUCAGCGAGGCCAUUAGUGGAUCAGUUGAUCCCAAGGUGCGAAAGAAUAAACGAAAACACGCUUCAAUUCUUGAAAAAUUAAAUAAUUUAUUAUAAAUAAAGUGCGUGGAAUAAAGACCCCGUUAAUUCUGCUCUGUUCGGGACGUUUCCUCAUAUAUUAAAAAAGAGCAUCCGAGAUGCCGGGUUGCUUCUUUCACGAACCAAUACGCCUUCCCCUUGACAUGAACGAACAAUCAGAGACGUUAAAGGGUGCUGAGCUGAUUAGGGUUUCCAAAUUCUACAAGGAUAGCAAGCAAGGUAAAUUCGUCAGUUACAUUCAUGAAGAUACAAAAACUUUAUACGACGCUUUUCGAAAAGGAGCCAAAGAGUCAAACAAUGGACCAUGUCUGGGUUGGCGAGAGAACCCUAGCAAGCCCUAUCAAUGGAUUCAUUACAACGAAACACUUCUCAGGGCAAAGAAUCUUGGCUCAGGUCUCAUUUGUUGUGGACUGUCACCUGGAUCACAGACUCUAGUUGGACUCUACAGUCAAAAUUGUCCAGAGUGGAUUCUCACGGAGCAAGCAUGUUACACGUAUUCAAUUGUAGUAGUUCCAUUGUACGAUACCUUAGGACCCGACGCCUGUGCGUACAUCAUCAACCAAGCCGACAUCAGUUUGGUUGUUUGUGAGGAUGACAAAAAGUGUAAUCUUCUCUUGGACAAAGCACCAAGGUGUUUAAGGAAAUUAAUAGUAAUCAAAGAAACGAGGCCUGCGACAAAUCAGAGGGCGAAGAAUCUUGGUGUAGAGGUACUGAGGUUCGACGAUGUGGAGAGAAUUGGGUCCCAGAAGAAUUACCCUGAAUUACCACCGAAACCACUAGAUCUUUGUACGAUUUGUUACACGUCUGGAACUACCGGGAACCCGAAGGGAGUGAUGUUGACUCAUCAGAAUGUCAUGGCAGGAGUUUGUGCCGUGAUUCUCCAGUUGGGUGAUCAUAAGCCAACCGCAAAGGACACAAUGAUCAGUUUUCUACCGCUUGCACACAUGUUGGAGAGAUGUUGCGAGAAUGGAAUGUACAUGGUUGGUGGGGCCGUUGGUUUUUACAGUGGUGAUAUCAAAAGACUUUCCGACGACAUGAAAGCUCUUCGACCCUCCGUUAUGCCGGCAGUUCCUAGAUUAUUAAAUCGCCUUUACGACAAGGUGCAAGCAGAACUUCAGAGCUCAUGUUUGAAGAGAAUGCUUUUUAACAUGGGACUGAGGGCAAAAGAAGGUGAAAUCAAAAAGUGUAUAAUAAGGAACAACAGCUUGUGGGACAAGCUUAUUUUCAAAAAAAUCCAAGAAGGAAUGGGAGGCCGAUUACGACUCAUGGUGGUCGGCUCAGCACCUUUGGCAGGAAAUGUUCUUACAUUCGCGAGAUGUGCUCUCGGUUGUCUUAUAGUUGAAGGGUACGGUCAAACCGAAUGUUGUGCUCCAAUCACUCUCACUAUACAGGGUGAUUAUGUUCCUGAACACGUGGGACCUCCAGUAGCCUGUUGCUGUGUGAAACUAGUUGAUGUUCCCGAAAUGGAAUAUUAUGCUAUAAACAAUCAAGGGGAGGUGUGUGUGAAGGGUACAAACGUUUUUAUGGGAUAUUUCAAGGAUCCCGAGAAAACUGCACAAGUCAUCGACGAAAUGGGAUGGCAUCACACUGGUGACGUCGGCAUGUGGUUGCCGAACGGAACACUCAAGAUAAUCGAUAGAAAAAAACAUAUCUUCAAGUUAUCGCAGGGCGAAUACAUUGUCCCAGAGAAAAUAGAAAACAUAUACAUUCGCAGCCAGUACAUUCAUCAGGUAUUUGUUCAUGGGGAAUCGCUCAAGUCUUGCGUUGUCGCAGUUGUUGUUCCCGAUGUCAAUGUUGUCAAAUGCUGGGCUCUGGAGAACAAAAUACCGGGCACUCUCAGUGUUCUUUGCGCUAAUCCCGAAGUGAAAAGGUUAAUUCUCGAUGAUAUGCACUCGUGGGGAAAAGAAGCUGGCCUUAAAUCGUUUGAGCAGGUCAAAGACAUUUACCUCCAUCCUGAUCCGUUCUCAGUGCAAAAUGGACUUUUAACGCCGACGUUGAAAACGAAACGGCCCCAGUUGAAGGCGUAUUUCAAGCCGCAAUUGGAGGAUCUUUAUCAACAACUAGACUGACCAGGUUGAGCAUAUAUUGUUCGAAUAAAAUCUAACAGCACCAGAAAGCAGCAAUAAUGUCGCCACAUUUGCCAAUUUUCUCACGUCGCCUUUUUUCAAAGUGAAUCGCAUCUUUUUAUUAUGAAAAAUACGAUUUAUUCAUCUUCUGAUAUAUCUUUUUAUUAUUUAUCAUUUCUUCCAUCGAUACAUAGCAUUGCGAAACGAUCACAAAGAAGAAUGCCAUUAAGGCUUCUGAUAAUAACGUGAUAGAUAAUAAAAUCGAGAUAUUGUUAA